AUAAGCUGUCCGUCUCUCUGUCUGUGUUUGUCAGGGACGGAGGACUACCGCAGUCGUCUCAGCGGCGAGUGUUUCCAGGACCUGGUUUGUCCCGAGCGCUGUCGGUGUGAGGGAACGGUGGUGGACUGCUCCAACCUCAAACUCACCAAAAUCCCCCCUCACCUGCCGGAGCACACCACGGACCUACGGCUGAACGACAAUGAAAUCUCCGUCCUUGAGGCUACAGGGGCCUUCAAGAAGCUGCCAAACCUGCGCAAGAUAAACUUAAGUAAUAAUAAACUCCGGGACAUCCGUGAGGGGGCGUUUGACGGGGCCGAAGGCGUUUUGGAGCUGCUGUUGACCGGAAACAAGCUGCAGUCGGUCAGCGGACGGAUGUUCAAGGGUUUGACCGGCCUCAAAACGCUGAUGCUGAGGAGCAAUCAGAUCAGCUGUGUGGAUAACGCCACCUUCACCGGCCUGAGCUCCGUGCGCCUGCUUUCCCUCUACGAUAACCGGAUCUCCACUAUCGCCCCGGGAGCUUUCAACACCCUGCAUUCCCUCUCCACCAUUAACCUGCUGUCGAAUCCCUACGUGUGUGACUGUCACUUAGCCUGGCUGGGACUGUGGCUUAAGAAGACCAGGGUGGUUAGUGGCAACCCACGCUGCCAGAAACCUGCCUUCCUGAAAGAGAUCCCCAUUCAGGACGUAGCCAUGCCUGAUUUCUCCUGCGACGGUAUUGAAGAGAAUAUCUGUCUGCCGUCGGUUCCUCGCUGUCCCGAUUCCUGCUCGUGCUCGGACACCGUGGUGCGCUGUAGUAACCGCGGGCUGCGUUCGCUGCCUAAGGGGAUCCCUAAAGAUACAACCGAACUAUACUUGGAAGGAAACCUCCUCACCUCCGUUCACAAAGAGCUUGCUAAUCUGAAACACCUGACACUGCUAGACCUCAGUAAUAACAGCAUCAGUCUUCUUGCACCUCUCACCUUCAGCAAUAUGACGCAGCUCGCCACCCUUAUCCUGAGCUAUAAUCAAAUUCGCUGUGUCCCGGUUCAUGCAUUUGAUGGCUUGCGUUCUCUCCGCCUGCUAACCCUCCACGGAAAUGACCUUUCAACUAUUCCGGAGGGAGCCUUCAGCCACUUGACAUCUCUGUCUCAUCUGGCUCUGGGUGCGAACCCCCUGUACUGUGACUGCGAGCUGCGCUGGUUGUCUCAAUGGGUGAAGGCUGGGUUUAAAGAGCCUGGCAUCGCCCGCUGCACUGGACCACCCGACAUGGCAGACCGUCUUCUGCUGACCACCCCUCUCAGUCAAUUCCAGUGCAAGGGGCCAGCAGAUUUGAAUCUGAUGUCCAAGUGCGCCCCCUGUCUGGCGACUCCCUGUCAGAACAACGGCACAUGUGUGAGUGAUGUCACAGGCUCCUACCGCUGCACCUGCCCUUUUGGCUACAAGGGUCGUAACUGUGAGAUCCCCAUUAACGCCUGCAUCAGCCUGCCGUGUGUUAAUGGAGGCACAUGCCACCUCACACCUGGACUGGACGGACACUACAGCUGUGUGUGUCCGCCUGGGUACGAGGGCCAGCAGUGUGAGCUGAAUCCUGAUGACUGUGAAGACAACGACUGUGAGAAUAACUCCACCUGUGUGGACGGCAUCAACAACUACACCUGCGUCUGCCCUCCGAACUACAGAGGUGAUCUGUGUGAGGAGGUGAUUGACCCCUGUCUGCCCGGGUUUGACCUCUGCCAACACGACUCCAAGUGUGUUCCCCUCAGUAAGGGCUACAGGUGUGAAUGUUUGCCGGGUUAUGUUGGCCAGCACUGUGAGCAGGAUUACAACGACUGUCUGGAGAACAAAUGCCAGCACGGAGCAGAGUGUAAUGACGCCAUCAACGGAUACACAUGUGUGUGCAAGGAGGGGUUCAGUGGGCUGUUCUGUGAGACUCCUCCACCAAUGAUAAUACUCCAGAAGACGAGUCCAUGUGAUCAAUCUUACUGUCAGAAUGGAGCGCAGUGUCUGGUCGUGGAGGGAGAGCCUGUGUGCCGGUGUCCACUUGGCUCCAAGUGUCAUAAGAUGGUCACAGUGCACUUCCUCGGCAAAGAUACCUAUCUGGAGCUCUCAGGCGCCAAGAUCCGACCACCCAUGCACAUAUCCCUCCAGGUAGCCACAGAUAAGGACAAUGGCAUUCUGUUGUAUAAAGUGGACGAAGACCCACUCGCCCUAGAGCUGUACCAGGGACACAUACGUUUGAUCUAUGAUGUUGCCAAGUACCCCCCAACCACAGUCUACAGGUGAGGUUACGGCACAUACACACACUUUGUAUGAAAUAUUUUA